AGCGGAGGGAUGUGGGGCUUGGGACGAGGCAGGAUCUUCGGCGUCUUCUCCGCUCCGGUCCUGGUGGCCGUGGUCUGCUGCGCCCAGAGUGUGAGCGAUCAUGGGAACAUGUCCUUCGUGAAAGAAACGGUGGAUAAAUUGCUGAAAGGCUACGACAUUCGCCUCAGACCGGAUUUUGGAGGCCCCCCAGUGAACGUCGGGAUGAACAUAGACAUUGCCAGCAUCGACAUGGUGUCAGAAGUCAACAUGGACUACACACUAACUAUGUAUUUUCAACAAUACUGGAGAGAUAAAAGACUAGCCUAUGCUGGGAUUCCUCUCAACCUUACGCUUGAUAACCGAGUAGCAGAUCAACUAUGGGUGCCUGAUACUUACUUCCUAAAUGACAAGAAAUCAUUCGUGCACGGUGUUACUGUUAAGAAUCGAAUGAUUCGCCUUCAUCCAGAUGGUACAGUGUUGUAUGGCCUCAGAAUUACAACCACUGCAGCUUGCAUGAUGGACUUGCGAAGAUACCCAUUAGAUGAGCAGAAUUGUACAUUGGAAAUAGAAAGCUAUGGAUACACAACAGAUGACAUAGAAUUUUACUGGCGAGGUGGGAAUAAUGCAGUCUCUGGAGUAGAAAGAAUUGAACUUCCUCAGUUCUCUAUUGUGGAACACAAACUUGUGUCCAGGAAUGUUGUCUUUGCCACAGGUGCCUAUCCAAGACUGUCACUGAGCUUUAAGUUGAAGAGGAAUAUUGGAUACUUUAUUCUUCAGACCUACAUGCCCUCAAUACUGAUUACCAUUUUAUCGUGGGUGUCCUUCUGGAUCAAUUAUGAUGCAUCUGCAGCAAGAGUUGCUCUCGGUAUUACAACUGUGCUUACUAUGACAACGAUCAACACUCAUCUCAGAGAGACUUUGCCUAAGAUUCCCUAUGUCAAAGCCAUUGACAUGUAUCUCAUGGGCUGCUUUGUAUUUGUCUUCUUGGCCUUACUUGAAUAUGCUUUUGUCAACUACAUCUUCUUUGGAAAAGGCCCUCAAAGGCAGAAGAAACUUGCAGAAAAGACAGCCAAAGCAAACAACGAUCGCUCUAAGUUCGAAAGCAACCGGGUGGACAUGCAUGGGAAUAUUCUGCUAACGUCCCUCGAAAUUCACAAUGAAGUUGCAAGCAAUGAGGUCACCACAAGCGUCACCGAUCCUCAGAAUUCAACGAUAUCCUUUGACAGCUCAGGGAUCCAGUACAGAAAACAGAGUUCUCAUCGAGAAAACCUUGGAAGGCGUACAUUGGACAGAACUGGCGCCCACACAAAGAAGAGUCAUUUACGGAGAAGGUCUUCACAGCUAAAGAUAAAAAUUCCUGACCUAACGGAUGUGAACGCCAUAGACAGAUGGUCAAGAAUGGUGUUUCCUUUCACAUUUUCUCUUUUCAACUUAAUCUACUGGCUAUACUAUGUCAACUAAAUUGACUUUACUUCUUUCUUUUUUUUAAAAAAAAGACUUCAACAAGUUAAAUAUUA